AAUCAGUUAUAUAUUUGUGCCUGUUGGAUGGUAGGAUAUAAUCGAUAUUUUAGGGUGUCAUCCUGCAAAGCCAUCAGCAUCAUAAGGUUUUUGAAUUUGUUGUCGUCGUACUUUUAGGAGUUUUGAACUCACUUUUUUUCUGGUUGGUGGAAGUCGGUUAGCUCCAUUGCCUGGCACAAAGUUCAUGUUAACGUUAGCCAGUGGGGUAUUCAUUACGGCGAUUCUGUUGCAAAACGUUUCUUAAACAGAACAAACGGGGAGGGACCUACCUAAAUUUGACCAAUAGAAACUCUCGUUUUACACCCCAGCUACAGACAAUGGCGUCGACUGAAAAAAUGUGUUGCGUGGUCACGGUGUCUGAGUCUUUUUCUGAUCAGAAACCAGUAAGCUGUAGUGGAGUCAUCCUGAACUCACAGACUGGUCUCGUGCUAUGCAAUGGUCUUCUCUUCUCUCGCUUUAUGAAUGACAAGGACGCUCUCUCUUCAGAUCACCGGUUCCUGCUACCAGACAGUUUCAGUAGCAAACUGAAAAUUAGCCUAAACUUCCAUGAACAGCGAGAUUUGGACACAAACCAAUGCGCAUACCAGUCAUGCACCGUUGCGGAUAGCAACAGCACCUCGCGGCAUCAGCACCAAGCGACAGCACAGCUAUUGAUGCUAGCUAACUGUUUUGAGUUCAAGAGUGCUUUUGAGAAGAUCUUCAAAGAGUCUGAUAAGUGGAGUUUUUACGGUGGGGAGGACGAUGCAGAGAUGGUUAGGGAUUCAGAGUUUCUGAGCUGGUUUGCUGUGCUCAAGGUACCAGCCUUGACCAAAGCGUCAAACGUCAACGGUGGAACCAUACCGUGGGCGACCAGCUCCACUCUCCGGAAGGGAUGCGCGGUCCUCGCCUGCGGCUCUCCCUUCGGCGCCUUCUGCCCCGAUCUCUUCAUGGGCACCCUAAGCAAGGGUAUCAUUAGUAACCUGGCCGGGGAAGAUAACACUCUCAUUCUCACUGACGCCCGCUGCCUGCCCGGUACAGAGGGAGGGGGGCUUUUCGUGUCCCACGGAGACCGAAUGCACCUCGUCGGUUUGAUCGUGUCCCCCUUGUGCUGGAAAGCCAGCGAGUGGAUCGGGCUGACGCUUGUGUGCUCGCUUCAGAUGAUUCUGAGGAACAUCACACAGUGUCUGAAUAUUCGCGAUCCACACCAAGAGAUCCAACACAUACAGGAAUCUACAUACUUCUUUCAAUCCUUACAGAGUGAAACUGAAACUCAGAAGUACCCCACAGUGUCCUUAGUAGACGCUGGACAAUUCUGGGGCUCUGGGGUUCUGGUCAGUCCUCGGUUGGUGGUUACCUGUCGACAUGUUGUCAAUGGAAAACCUGUUGUCACCUUGAGAUUCAACACCAAUGACAGGUUUCAUGCGGUGGUGGGUGAUGUCCUGUACUCCACCAAGCCAUCGUCUCCCUAUGAUGUAGCCGUGGUGCAGCUAAGACACCCUCCCCCGGAGGUAGUCGUGUCACGGUUGGCCACAUCGUUUACACCAGGUGAGGACGUGGUGGUGGUGGGUUACGGAGCUUUUGGCCAGCGCUGCGGUCCCUCUCUGACCAGUGGCAUCCUGUCCAGGGCCAUCAGCUGUCACGGCCAGGCCGUCAUGCUGCAGACCACCGCUGCAGUGCAGGCAGGGGCCAGCGGAGGAGCUGUGGUGCGGGCAGGAUCAGGAGAGCUGCUAGGUCUGGUUUCCAGUAACACCAGAGACUUUACUGCCAAGGUAACCUACCCUCACCUGAACUUCAGUGUCCCAAUGACUGUCCUGGAGCCAUUGCUACGGAGAUACGCCCAGAAGGGCGACAUUGUUGUGUUCCGGGACUUGGAUACGACCGAUGAGGGAGUCAGGAGGGUGUGGAGGCUACAGGCUGCUCAGAGCAAACUGUGACUGAACACACACACACACACAGUACUUACUUACAAAGAGUCUAAUAACUUGUCAGGCAAUAACUUUCACAUUUUUAGAUUAUUUCUCACUCUUCUAUGAUCUUGUUUUAAGGCGCAACUAUUAUCAGUUUGAAAUGUGAGAAGGUUUAUCUGCCAUCAUGUCAUUUCUUAGGCUUGCUAACACCAGCCUCUCUAAGUCCUUGACAGUGAGUCACAGCUCGCUGUGUAAUCACGUGGGUCGUGGAUCAGUCAGACUAGUCAUGUCUCUCCUCAAUGUUACAGUACCACCACGAUAUGGUAACAUGAAUUACCACGACGAAGAGUGGACCAGAGCUGGCUAACGUUCCAUCUCUGAAAUACUGGUAUUUCAAAUGGGUUGAUUUUAGUUCAUACAUGAUUCAUUCAUACUACUCUCUGCUUUCUGAUCCACUGACACUGUCUUCUUGUGUAACAUAAUUAUUGUUCUCAGACAAUAAAGAUCUUAUUUGAUAGGA